AGCUCGCCUCCCAUGCAGCGUCUCGCUCUCCUCGUUGCCGCAACCAUUGCCUCCGCCGCUGCCUUCGCUCCCACUCCAGCUCUCACUGGACUCAGGCAGCAGGCUCCUCUCUGCUCUGGCAACAAGCUUUCCGCUGCAUGCCGUGCUCCCCGCGCUGCCAAGCCCGCCAUGACCAUGUCGCUUGCGGAGACCACCAACCAGGCUAUGCUCCUUGCUGAGGGCGGCAUGAACGUUUCCGUUGCUGCUUACCUCGCUGUUCUCCUCGGAACCUUCAUCCCAGUUGUUUUCCUCCUCACCUUGUACAUUCAGUCUGAAUCUCGCAAGGCCGCCGAGACUGGAUCUGAGGGUGACAAAUUUUAAAUUCAAAGUAUAUAGCAAUAUUGGGUAGGCUGGAUUUGUCAGUGAAGUAUCUAUUGGGUUCAUCUCGAGGAUCAGGUGCUUGAAUGCGAAAACAUUGAAACAUGAACAUUUG